AAUAAAAUUCCACACCUAAUACUUUUGUUGGACAAGUGACAUGCUUCCACAUGUGUUAUUAACCAUUCUUCUUGUGAACAAUAGAGCCUAAUCUCCUGAAGUUCGAGUGUAAAAAUGACCUUUUAUCGGGCCCUGUGUGCGGGUUUUAAGAAACGCAGGCCUAUUGGUCAAACCAUUUUCUUAACAUCCGUAUUCUGGCUCGUUUUCCAUUGCUUUGUGCUCCAACUAUGGGUGAUUCAAGAACCUCUUCCAAAUUCAAACCAUCCGGUGGAUGACGAGCACGUCCACAAGGAACAGGAAAUACUCGUGACAAGUGAAAAUACAUUAUGGACCUACAAGGCGAUGAACUUGACGUUUUGGAAGCCAUUGAAGAAGAUUGAAGAUGGCGAUAGGACUGGACCGGGGGAGGGCGGACACCCGGUGACCAUAACUAAGGGAAUUGAAGAGGAAAUGAAGAAAACGUUUCACAUCAACAAGUUCAACUUGAUUGUCUCCAACAUGGUUGCCUUGGACCGAUUUUUACCGGAUCGCCGAUUAGAAACAUGCAUCAAUUUGGACAUCCCGCCUUUACUUCCCCAAGUCAGUAUAAUAAUAGCGUUCCACAAUGAAGCUUGGUCCACCCUGAUACGAACCAUUCAAUCCAUAAAAGAUCGGACGCCCAGCAGCCUCAUCAAGGAGAUCAUUCUGGUCGACGAUGGCUCUGACCAAACCCACCUCAAGACCCAACUGGAUAGCAAGGUGGCCAAAAUGAACCGAAACAACCUCCCCGUGACACUGAUACGAAUGAACCAUUGGGGAGGCUUGAUAAAGGCCAGGCUUCGAGGAUCUGCUCUUGCCAAAGGAAAGGUUUUGGUGUUCCUGGAUUCACAUUGUGAAUGUAAUCAUGGAUGGCUGGAACCCCUUUUAGCAGAGAUCUAUCGGAAUCGGACCAAUGUGGUGUGCCCUGUCAUUGAUCAAAUCAAUGACAAAACAUUUUCUUACAGUAAAUCAUCAUUGAGUCUGGGUGGAUUCAAUUGGCGCCUUAUCUUCAAAUGGUACGGAAUUGAUACCAAAGAAAGACGACGGCACGGAGAUUUGACCGCGCAACCAAUUCGAUCACCCGCAAUGGCAGGAGGAUUGUUCGCCAUUGAUAGGGAGUACUUCUACCAUUUGGGUGCAUAUGAUGAGGAAAUGGAAUUUUGGGGAGGCGAGAACGUCGACUUGUCUUUUCGAAUCUGGCAAUGUGGAGGCACUCUACUCAUCCACCCCUGUUCUCAUGUUGGCCAUGUGUUCCGUUCAACCACUCCGCAUGAUUGGGAUGGAGGCUUGUCGGGUCGAAACUUGGCUAUCACACGCAACCUAGUCCGGGCUGUUGAUGUUUGGAUGGAUGAACCUUGGAGGGACUUUUAUUACCUGGCAAAUCCUGGAGCGCGAUCAAUCAACCCAGGCAAUCUAACGCGGAGAUUUAAAUUGAAAGAGAGCCUCCAAUGUAAAUCUUUUUCAUGGUACAUGCAGAAUAUAUAUUAUCAGAGUGAUUGGACCCUGGAGUACCGAUUUUUGGGGUACAUUCGAAAUCCAGAGACGGACCUCUGUUGGGACACCAAAUCAUUGAAAUCCUCCUCCAAGCUCCAAGGCUGGCCCUGUCACGGAAUUGGAGGACCUCAAACCUUUAUGCAGACUUACGAAGGAUACAUAAUUCAAGACGAACUGAGAGUCGUAGUCAAUGGCCAAGGCAGGGCCCUUAAUAUCCAUGAAAAGAGAUUCACAAAUCCAAACAACCGUUGGCUUCAUUCGACCGAUACUUUGCAACUCGUUCACUUAGGACUGGACUUGUGCGCCACAGUGGACGGCAACACAACCUCUACUUCGCCGGUUCGCGAGGUACUCUUGACGAUAUGCACGGACGCCAAUCCCAAUCAGCAAUGGGAAUUGGUGGCGCAUGAUUACGGGGAUAUCAAGCGGGAAUGGUGACGACUGAAGACAGGCCCUCGCCCAGGGCCUGAACUGAUCAACGAGUCUGGUUUGGUAGUUUUUUCUCAAUGCUUUUCUUCCACCUUACAUUCAACAUAGUGUGUAUCGUGAACAUUACAUCGAAAGAACAAUUCGCUUGAACUGAAGAUAAAAUCAGUAUUAUUAUAACUUAAAAAGGACGCAGUUGUUGUUGUUUUCUUCUUAUGAUGAUUGGGGGUAGAGUAGGAGUGGUAGCAGUAAUUAUAAUGAUAAUAAUAAUCAUAGUAGCAAUGAUGAUAGUAGUAAUAGUAAUAAUGAUUAUAGUUUGAUGAGGACGAAAGGCCAUUAAUGUGUUGUUUGGCCCGAGAAGCUAGAGAGGGGGUGUGUGAGAGGGAGAGCGAAAAGUAGUUAUAGUAGCAAUAGCAGCGGUGGUGGUGGUGGUGGUGGUGGUAGGAGUAGUAGAAGUAGUAGUCGUGGUCGUAGUAGGCAGCACUAAUAAUUAGAAUGGUGAUGGAGAAGAGGAGGAGAUGCAAUCGAAAGUGUCUCGCGUCCCCAUCAUGCAACCGGACUUGCGAGCAGAUGAAUCCCUUGGAAUCCCUGACAGACAGUCCUGCCUGCUUGUGUUAUUGCCAAACUCUGAAGACACACGUGGGUACAUCCGGGAGCAAUAACAAAGCCCUCUGUAGUCAUGGUCGUGGUCUUGGUCUAAAAAUCUGGCUCUCUACUUCCGGAUGAUCAAGAAGUCCGAUGAACGGAACCAACAAAAGGAGGAACAAAUCAGGGAAGAGGGGAAGAGAAGAUGAGUGAGCAAGAGAGAAGGAGAACGGAACAAAAAACCCAA